AUAUAAAAAAGUGAAUGUUUUCUCCUUUCCUCAUUCUAAGUCUCAAAAUGAAAAACAAAUCCUUGAGAUGCACAAUGAAAUACGGAGAUCUGUAAUUCCCACAGCCAGGAACAUGCUGAAGAUGGUGUGGAGUGAUAAAGCUGCCAAAAAUGCUCAGAAAUGGGCAAGUCAGUGUGGCAUGAAAAUCAGUCCAAGAGACAAGAGAGUUAUUAAUGGUGUCACCUGUGGUGAGAAUGUGUUGCUGUCAUCCUACCCAAGAACAUGGGCUGAUGCAAUUCAAGUGUGGUACAGUCAGUCCUCCAAUUUCAAGUAUGGAUAUGGAGCAAGCUCGAAAAAUGUCAAUGUUGAGAGCUACACUCAGCUAAUCUGGUACAACAGUUACAAGGUGGGAUGUGGAGUUUCCUACUGUCCCACAGGCUUGUACAAGUACUUUUAUGUUUGCCAGUACUGCCCUGCAGGAAAUAACCCGAUGCAAAUAGCUAUGCCAUACAGAAGUGGACCAAAAUGUGCUGACUGUCCUGGCCACUGUGACAGAGGACUUUGCACCAACCCUUGCAAGUAUCAAGAUCUACUUGGAAACUGCAAAAAUCUGAAAAUGUUGUUUGGCUGUAGUCACUCCCUGGUGAAGAAGAAGUGUCCUGCAAGCUGCAAAUGCACCACUCAAAUCAUCUAAAUUCCUGCUGGGUGUGAUUACAGCUGUUGUGAGACCAUCAGGAAGGAGCAGAACCCACUGGAAAGUGUAUUCACUCUCAAUGCACCUGCCCACUUUGACCUAUAGGUAACAAUUUUAUAUGAAACCUGACCAUUACUUCAGACUUAAAUUAGACUAGUAGCUCAAAAUAACCUCUGAUGUUAUUUUAGGUUUUGUAGAAAUCAUGGUUAAGCUACUAAUGUGUUACUUUGUGUCUUUCCUUGCAGUGGAUUUGCCACUGAUUUGUUUCUUUUUAAUUGGAAACCCACUUUUAAAACACUUUAGGGUUUUCUGCUUAAUUUGUUGAGUGACACUUUAUUUUCUCCUGUUAACUUUUUGUUGAUUGUCAAUGGAAUGCCUUCCUGCUAAAUAAAUGAUUUACCACCAGUUCACAA